AUAAGUUAUAUAUAUUAUUGUCCUUGGUUCUAUAGAGUGAAUUAACGUGGGAAGAAGCUAGCACUAAAUAUGGCUCUGUUUACGAUAAAGCUUCCCAGUACUUCAUCAACUAGCUUAGUACUCAGUAUAAUUUUAUUUAUAAUUUUAUGGUAUGGAACGAAUGCAUUAGUGAAACUACCACCAAAUGUAACAAUUCCAGCACUCAUAACUUUUGGAGAUUCGAUUAUGGAUACAGGAAACAACAAUUACAUCAACACAAUUGUCAAGUGCAAUUUUCCUCCUUAUGGUCAAGAUUUUGUGGGAGGAAUUCCAACCGGUCGAUUUUGCAACGGAAAAAUUCCGUCGGACUUGAUAGCUGAAGAAUUGGGUAUUAAGGAGCUUUUACCGGCUUAUUUGGAUCCAAAUCUCAAACCAAGCGACCUUGUUACUGGAGUAUGCUUUGCUUCUGCUGCUUCCGGAUACGAUCCUUUAACACCUAAAAUAGUGUCAGUGAUUUCAAUGUCGGAUCAAGUAGAGAUGUUCAAAGAAUACAUAGGGAAGCUUAAAGGUAUAGUUGGAGAAGAGAAGACAAAUUACAUCUUAGCCAACACUCUUUACCUUGUGGUAGCUGGAAGUAAUGACCUUGCCAACACUUAUUUUACUAUUCGAACUAGACAAUUGCACUAUGAUGUUCCUGCUUAUACUGACCUUAUGCUCAAUAAAGCCUCUGAUUUCAUUAAGGAAAUAUAUCAACUUGGAGCACGUAGAAUUGGAGUAUUCAGUGUAGCACCUAUUGGGUAUUUACCAUCAGUGAGGACUCUAAGUGGGGGUGUAUUUAGAAAGUCCAAUGAGAAAUACAAUGAAGCAGCAAGGUUAUUCAAUUCCAAACUGUCCAAGGAAUUGGACUUCCUCAACUCUAACUUGCCCAACAGUAGGAUUGUCUAUAUUGAUAUUUACACCCCUCUACUUGACAUCAUUGUCAACCCCAAAAAAUAUGGCUAUAAAGUCGUGGACAGAGGUUGCUGUGGCACAGGCAAAAUAGAGGUUUCGGUGUUAUGUAAUCCUUUUGAUGUCAUUUGUCCCGACAAAUUUGAAUAUAUUUUUUGGGAUAGUUAUCAUCCUACGGAAGGAAUAUAUAAAAAGCUUGUGGUCGAAAUUCUUCCAAAAUAUUUGGAUCGAUUGUCAUGAGUUGUGAACUUUGUCUAUGGCAUGUUAAUUAUAUUAGAUAUAUUUUUAAUGUAAAUUAAUUUUACAUUUACGUGUAAUAUAGUAAUUAUUUUUGAAAAUGGUUAUUAAAUAGAUCUAUAUGACAAGAUCAUAGAUUCUCA